GGGCACGAGGCGGAAUGUGGACAGCGAGCUCGUGCGGGGCAGUACAGUGCUUCUUCCCAAGUUCGGUGCGCAACGCAGCCUUGCGAGACACGGGAGUCGCUCGACGCCGGAGGAUGGUUUUCUUAACGCUCUUCGUCCGCUCCUUGGUCCUUGGAGCUCUGUGUGCCAGUAUGAGUCAUGGACUGGACAUCACCUCAACCGGGUCAACGACCUUUGAGAAGGCCAGCGGGGAGGGUGUCAUGCUGAGCUGCCAGUUUAAGCUGGCUUCCGAAGAUACAGGCCCCCUGGACAUCGAGUGGAGCCAGCUAGCCUCUGACAACCAGAAGGAGGAUAAAGUGAUCAUCCUGUACUCAGGGGACCGGGCAUAUGAGGACUAUAAUCCUGCCAUGAAGGGCCGGGUGCACUUCAACUCGCCUGACCCCAAGAAUGGUGAUGCCUCUAUCAACCUGACCAGCCUGCAACCCUCAGACACGGGCACAUACCAGUGCAAGGUGAAGAAGGCACCAGGCAUCCGCAGCAGGAAGAUGCAGCUGACUGUCAUGGUCCGGCCCUCCAAGCCUGCGUGUUACACCGUUGGGCCAUCCCACUUGGGCAAAGAUGUGCAGCUAAAGUGUGUGUCGUCGGAGGGCACCAACCCGGUGCAGUACACCUGGGAGAAGACGAGCGACACCAAGGUGCUGCCUGCCACCGCCGUGCUGGACUCCACCGGAAGCACCCUAAAUGUCCGUAACGCCUCAAACAGCGCUUCCGGCACUUACCGCUGCACAGCCAGGAACCGCGUGGGGAUGGAUGACUGCACCUUGAAUCUGCGCGUUGUGCCCGCCCCCAACACAGCCGGCAUCAUUGCCGGUGCCGUCAUUGGCGUGCUCCUGGCCCUCAUCCUCAUCGCUAUCAUCCUGUUCUGCUGCCUCCGUGCCCGCAACAGGAAGAAAUACGAGAAGGAGAUCUCCUAUGAGAUCAAGGAGGACGUACCCCCCCCGAAAAGCCGAGUGUCAACGGCACGGAGCUUCACCAGCGUGGGGAGCCAGCGGUCCUCUGUGGGCUCCAUGUCGCCCUCCAACCUGCACGAAUAUGCUGCCAAAUCCAUUUACAACACGAUUCCCACGGAGGAGUAUGACCGGCCGCCCAGCCAAGCCCCAGUGCCCCCCCUGUCCCGCACGGCUGGCCCCAACCUGAGCCGCAUGGGCGCCGUGCCUGUCAUGGUGCCGGCGCAGAACAGGGAUGGCUCCAUCGUGUAAUGGGCCGAGGGGCGGGGCUCCCCAACAGCCGCCACGGUCAAAGCGCAGUCCGACGCCAAACGAGAACCACUGUGCGACUGCAGCGAGCAGCAACUGGAGAACUGGACCGGAGGGCAAGCGGGCAGCCGGCACCUCGUGUCUCUGUACAUAUUGGAAUGCAUGAAUACUUCAUCUGCCUGCUCUGUAGAGCUCAUGAAAUAUUACAUCCAGCAAUUUAUAUCCACGUUUUGCAUAUUCCAGGACUUUUCCACGGUGGAAAUGGGAUGUUAAGUAUGAGUAAUUUUCUACCAUCUUUCUUUAGAUUGCUCAGAGGUACCCCUCCCUUAAAAGAUGCUACCACAUCUGUGCUGUUCAUAUAUGUAAUUUCUACAGGGUAUUAAGGGAAAACAGAUUAGUUUUUACAAUGUUUAAAAAUUUAAACAGUUUUAAACGCACCCUCAUGGUAGCUGCAAAAGAUUCCCAUUUAGUUUGUAGCUGAGUAAAUUUGUACCACAUUUACUUUUGAGUUAACUGCAGUGGUUUCUAUGCUCAGGACUACGUUUUAAGGGAUGGUCAGUCUUCCGGAAUUUUCUGAUCACAUGGUCAUCACUCCCUGUGCUAUGAGCUGUUUCAAGGUGGGUGGUGGUCAGAUCUGAGUAAAUCAAUGGAGCACCCCACACCGCCUGUCUAACCCCUGUACGACCCCCCUUCACCCCCGACUCUGUCUGCAUUCCAGUACUCUAUCCUCUGAUCCUAGGACAGUCCCAGUAAUGAAUCUGCUGCUUUGCGUGGAGCACAGUGAAAGGGGUGUUGCAUUGUCCUGCGGGCUCAGUUUUAACCCUCUUAACAGAAUGUUUGGUUUCUACUUUCCUCGGGUAAUAUGAAGUGCUCAGUAAUUUGCACAGCUUCAAAUUUUUUACUUUUUUUUUUGUUUUAUUUUUAUGAAGUGUUUUUCAAUGAGUUUAGCAUAUCCACAGAAAAUUAUCUGACCACCUCUGUAAAUAUCUGCAAACUAAGUUGUGGUGUAUUAAGUGAUUUUUUAGCUGGGGAGCUACGCGAUUCGGUCUGUGAGCUCCCCGCCCUCUUGCACUGUCCUAUUGGUGGUGCCAUCCUGUGGGUAGACGCAGGAUGGGCCUUUGCCCCAUCGGUGAGCCAGGAGCCUGGGCAAUGUUGCCCAGAAUAACAUGACUUGUGCCUUGGUUUGUGUACAGCUGUCCCAGGUCACAUUACCUUGUCAUGGGCCACACAUUCUUUUCUGGUACUCCUAGCAUGUGACCCCUGAACCCUUGAGACCUAGGAUGAUCGGUUGCUGAAUUUUAGCCUAUUUGUUGAAAACUUCAUGUAUUCACUUUGUGAUUCAUAUUGUACCUGGUAUCUCUGCCUGUUGCCAAUAUUAGAUCGAUAUUCCUUGGUAUUUAUCAUCACGCAGAUGGUUUGUUUAAAUGUGCUACACAGCUGAUCAGUGUUUCUGUUGGCCAAUGCACUGCAUGUAGCAGAUGAGACAUUAAAAUUGGGGUCUUAAUGGUUUUAAAUAAAAGGAUAGAAUGGGUUAAGAGGCCGUAUGGAGAGUCACUCUGAAGAUCAUCCAAGCUUAAGUUGGUGCCCCCCCCCCGCUUCCCGUCACUGCACGCAUAUCUUCGGGCUGCCCGGGGGGGUCGCUAUGCACAGGGCAGUCUACCCACUCAUGAGGCAGUGAAAGCCCUGUGCGUUUCUUCAAAGUUACAUCUUGUGGUUUCCUCAGGGUCCUGCAUUUACCUGUUUAGUGCUUAAUUCCACCAGCCAGCUCACAGAAGUUUCCAGAUGCUUGUACCACGUGUUAAGGGCAGCUUUGCUGAUAAGCCAUUUGCUGCAGUCUUUCUGGAGGAUGGGCAGGUUCUGGCUGCUUAAGCUUUGGUUUGUCAAGAUUGAGAUGGAGACCCUUGAUUUGAAAUCACUUUUGUGAGUGCAUCUCCCUCAUUUGCCUGGUUUGAAACCAAAUGCCCCCUUUUGUUUUAGCUUCUAGAAUGAGUUUCUAGUACAAUCAACAGAGGACCAUAAAAUCAUUUGUGGGGAUAUGUAGUCUCUCUUAGGAACAAUAUACUAACAAUCUUUAUAGUUUAAAAGGUAUACUAAUAUUGUAUGAAGGCUCUCUAUUCUUCUGGUGUGUUUGCACAUUGUCAAACCUUUUUUUGCUUGUACUUCUGUGCUGUAUUUUUAAAUAAAACCGUUAAGAUGCA